AUGUUGAAUGGAUGUACAGUGACAGAAACUGAAUCAAGAUAUUUGGAUACCGUUUUAGAGAAAAAACGGCACAAAAGAACUGACGAAGUACCUUUGAUUCUACAUCUAACAUCGCAUGAAACCAAACGGCCACAUGUUACUUGGGCCGAGGGCACUAUCGAUAAUGAGCAUCUAGGCAGAAUGAAGAGCAAUUGUUGUUGCAUAUGGGUGAAACCACAUGUUUGGGAUGAUUCGACCACUUGGGAACAGGAUGAAUACGAAGUUGAACAUUGUCGCGGACAUACUCUAAUAGUGCCACCACAGCCAAAUAAAGAAAUUGACGGUCAACGAAUGUAA